AUGGAAAGGGACUUGGAAGGGGAGACAUCAAGUAGAUCUAGGGACAAACUGGUGUGGAAGACUCUUUGGAAACUAGAAGUGGCUCCUGCUACCAUGAUGUUCAUAUGGAGAGCAUAUAGUGAGGCUCUCCCCACCUUAGCCAACUUGAGAAGGAGGAAAAUAGUGGAAGACAACUCAUGCUUCAUUUGUAAGCAAGUUCCUGAAACAUCUGGUUAUGCUUUAUGGGGUUGUGCUGCUGCUCAAGACGUAUGGAAUCUAGGUGGUAAGAAAAUGCAAAAGAUGACUUUCCAUAGUGAGAUGGUUUUUGACAUCUGGUCUAUUCUAGUGGAUCUUAUUGACUCUACAGAACUUAAGGAGGUUGCUGCCAUACUGAGAGGAAUCUGGACAAGGAGGAAUGAGUUUCUUCAUGGAAAAGAAUUCAAGCACCCUACAAUGUUAUGUCAACAGACCAAAGCAGAACUCUUAUCUCACACAAAGGCACUCAAAGAGUCACGGGAAAUCAGUGUCAAGUCUCCAGCAAUGGUACACAAGUGGUCAAAGCCAGCUGAGGAUUGUUUUAAGAUUCACGGGGAUGCAGCUGUAAAAACUGGGGUGGGGAGAAUUGGGAUAUGA